AUGCCGCCGCCGGCCAAGUGCGCUCUGCCUUGCAGCGACUCUCUGUGGGCGUUUCCCGAACACAUCAUCGACGUGUGGUCCAUCGGGUCCUUCCACUACUCGUCGGCGUUUUCGCUGUGCAUCAUCCUGGCUGUCAGCGAGCUGUGGCCGGUGCACUGCUUCCUGCAGAAGCCCUACGAUAUGAGACAGGUCGACGAGCGCCUGGAAUGGCAGAGCGAGGCCCAGCAGAUCGACGAACGGCUCACCAUGUGGCGCGAGGAAUUCGUCGCCGCCGUCUUCCGCCUGAUCAACGCCGAGUUUCCGCAGGAUAAUCGGGCUGAAAUGGAUCCGAACAUCGUCUUGACCAACUGUGUUUUGAAUAUGGCUGUCAUUGCGCUUUUCCAACGACGCGCCCCAUGUCCCGAGGGGGUUGAUCAGCCAGUCGAACCUUGGCCAUAUGCAACGAAUCGAUGCGUGUAUGCAUGCGAAAACAUGGCCGCCAAAGUCCGCCGCAUCGACGACGCCGAGCUAUUCAACGCCAACCCGCACCUCAUCUUGUCCAUAUUUGUCGCCGCGCGGUUCUACAUUGUCUACUCGAAAGCCCUCGACGCCGACGUGCCGAGGAACCUGCAUUCCCUGGCCUUUGCGCUGCACACCUGCAGCAAGCGGUGGCCCCUGGCGCGACGAUACGAAGCCAUCAUCCGGACUGCAGUCGCCGAGCAUCGCACCGCCGUCUUGGAGUCGUCGCUGCCCGUCCAGUUCUACGACCUGCGCUUCUCGACCCUCGAGCUCAGCGACACCCUCCAGGCCUGGGCGGACCGUGCUCUGCUGCCGGACCCCGUUGAGAUGCAGUCUGUCUCUGAAGCGACGCCCUAA